AUGUAUAGGUUUGCUUUUUGUUUCUUUUCAGCAUUCAAUAUGGCUUCUCCAGCUCUACUCAUGCGUGUGGUUGCCUCUGCAUAUUCUGUUGCGGAAAAAGCUGCAACAAUUGUUAGAAAUGUAAUGGCUGCAGGAGACCUGGGAAUAGUGGAGAAGACCGGAGCCAAUGACUUGCAGACCAAAGCUGACCGACUGGUACAAAUGAGCAUUUGUGCUUCCCUGGCACGGAAAUUUCCCAAGGUGACAAUCAUAGGAGAAGAAGAACUGCCCGCUGAUGAGGUAACUGAGGAAUUAAUUGAAGAUGGUCACUGUGAAGAAAUACUGAAGAAAACUUGCCCUGCUCAGUACACAGGAAUUAAAGAGGAAGAGCUUGUAAUAUGGGUUGAUCCCUUGGAUGGAACCAAGGAGUACACUGAAGGUCUCCUUGACCAUGUAACGGUUCUUAUUGGAAUUGCUUAUGGAGGCAAAGCAAUAGCAGGAGUUAUUAACCAGCCGUAUUACAACUAUGAGGCAGGAGCUGAUGUUGUGUUGGGCCGGACAAUCUGGGGAGUCCUGGGCAUAGGUGCCUUUGGAUUUCAGCUCACAGAAGUACCUGCUGGGAAACACAUCAUCGUUACUACCCGUUCCCACAGCAGUACCCUGGUAAAUGACUGCAUCAGUGCCUUGAACCCCGACAGUGUCAUCAGAGUCGGAGGAGCAGGAAACAAAAUCAUUCAACUUAUAGAAGGCAAGGCAUCUGCUUAUGUAUUUGCCAGUCCUGGGUGCAAGAAAUGGGAUACAUGUGCACCUGAAGCUAUUCUACAUGCUGUGGGAGGCAAGAUAACUGAUAUCCAUGGAAAUUCAUUUCAGUAUAACAAGGAAGUGAAACACAUGAAUUCAGCUGGGGUCCUUGCCACUUUGAGAAAUUAUGACUAUUACGCCAGUCGUAUUCCUAACACCGUUAAACAAUCUCUUGUGCCUUAAAGCAGUAAAGCAUCUUCAUUUGGCCUGGAAGGCUGAGAAAGUGAGCUUGGAGAAUAAGAAAGAAAGAAGAUAACUAAGCUUGAAAUGUUGUUUUAUCGAAUCUGAACCAAAUUCUUCCAUUAAGGUGUUCAAUAAUUUCAAAAUUACAUACAGAAUCUCUAGGUAUAUGUUCGAUCAGAUUGUUUUGCUAUGUUUAGCAGACAACAUCAAAAAAGUCACAUUUCUUCAAUAGUAGUUUUCCAUAUUCUUUGGGAGUAUUCAUUC